AUGCCGGCAGAGAACUUCAACGUGCAUCUCACUGCUCCCACGGGCAACACAGCCGAGCAUGUUGCAACAUCCACCACGCAACCCACCCAACUCGCAGGCUCCAAACGCAAAUCCACACACACCUCCGACCUACCCACCAUAAACCUCGACGACUACGACAUCCCCGAUGGCGAACCCAUGGACUCAUGCACCGUCGUCCGCGGCAAAAUCAACCGUUUCCUCGAAGCCGGCGAGAUGAAAGUGGGCCAAUUCUGCGAUGCCAUCGGUGUAUCAGGAAAUGCUUACAGAAGAUUCAUGUCUCAGAAUAGGAAGUUUGCUGGCGAGCAGUCUGAUACUUAUCGGGGUGCUUGGGAGUUUUUCAAGAAGAGGGAGAUGGCUGGGUUGAAGAUUCCUACAAAGAAGCAAAAGGUUGCUGCUAGUGGUGGGGCUUCUGGUUCUUCGACAGCGGCGGCAGCAGCUGAAAAGGAUAAGGAUGCCCAUCCCGAUAUUUCCAACAUUCAUCUUGACGGUGAAGAAACAGACAGCGUACAAGUCUACGACACCUGCGACGAAGUCCGCAAAAAGAUAUCCGCCUACCUACGCAAACCCAACACCACAGCCGCCCAAUUCUGCCGCGACCUGCUCGCUCAAUACCACACCGACGAAAAGAAACCAUCCAGAAUCCAAUCUACCCAGCUCACGAAAUUCCGCGGCUACAAAGGUGCAGAUACGGGAAACACUUCUUGUGUGUUUUACGCUGCCUAUGUAUUUUUCGAGAAGGUGAGGUUGGCCGAGGGCAAGCCAAAGAGUAAGCAUCGAUUGAAAAUGGAGGAGAUUUGGGGUGGAAAGGGUGGAUUUGACGUUUCGCGUGGACAUCACAGAGGAUACUUGGUCACGGCGAACGAAAGACCUGUGCAAGAUCAGUACGGUCGAGUUACAUUUCAACGUACUCGCUGA